CUGCUCUUUUUCUUUUGGACCCGUAGAACCACAUGUCUGGUAACCGAUUUUGAUUUUCCUUUCGGCGGUAUAAUGCACCAGUUAAUUGAUUAAUUGCGGUUAUUUGACAACUCCAGUGAACGGCGAAAGAUUAGUGCGACCAAAAACGAAUCGAGUGUGAGUGCAAUUGCCGGAAAACGUGAUAAAUAAUAUUCGUAACGUUCUGCCUACCAGCGCGUGAGUGAGUGCGAGCGAGAGGCAACGAUUCGAGUAUAGUGCGAAAGAGUGUGUGUGUAAGGAAACCCGCAAAAGCAAAAGCAAAGCAACAAUAACAACACACGCACGCACACACACACAUUCUUAUUCACACGCGGAAAGUGCGUAGUGAACACACGAAGAGAAAAAAGUGAGAAAGAUAGCGGAAUAAAAUUCAAAUUCUGGUUUUCAUUUCAUUUUCUGUUUGGAAGCCGAUCUUUCGAGCAACCGCAUCUCGUUGACCAGGCAAGGAAGCAGCCAAGAGUUUCCUCCGACCCGACAACGAGGAUCAGCCGCUGACGAAGCCGGAGCCGGAGCAGCGGAUUUGCUGCCCACUCUGGAGAGGAAACCGGAGUCGAAGAAACCGCAGGAGUAGCAGCCACAAGUGACGAGCAUGUCCAGCAAGGAGGAAACGCCAACCACGGGAGGAGCCGCUCCUGUGGCCACUGUUGCCGCUGAAGGCAGCACCACCACUUCGUAUGCCAAUGUAGUCCAGAACCUGGAAACUAAAAAGGGUGGAAACACUAGCUCCAGCAGCAGCACUACCACCACCGUGGACAAUAAAGAGAACCAGCCCAAUCUGAAAAGCUUCAAGUCGUGGAGCGAGGAAACCGCCGCCGCUGAGGCAGCCGCCGGUGAAACCCAACUCACCAGCAGUGUUGGCCUAGCCCAAACGGGCGAGAAACGUGCUGCGGCCUCUGGAGGAGAUAAUACUGCCGAGAACUCAUCGGAAUUGGACGAUAACAAUGACUUUGUGCCGGUGCUAUCGCACCAUCGACGCGAUCGCAAAAAGGCGCGCAAGGAGAAGCCGCGCGAUCAACAGCCAACCGGAGGACGUGGCGAUGGUCAGAAAUCCCAGCAGGCUGGUGGCAGACGUGUCCCCGGAUCCUCUGAUUCCGAUCGCAAACAGUCGGUGAGGAGUCGAGCUCCUCGCGGUGGUAGUCCCCGCAAAGCUGCACCCGGAGCUGCAGGAGGAGCAGCUGCAGCUUCUACAGCUGCUCCUGGCGGUCCAAAAGUACACAAGGAUCGCAAGGACACCUCGCCGAGUGCCAGCAUCGAGGGAGGCGGAAGCAGCGGCAAUGAGGCCAAGUCCGGCGACGGAGAUCAGCAAGCAGGAGAGAAGGGUGCAGCCGGAGCAGCUCCGCCACCCAAGCGAUUCAUUGCCGCACCACCGCCCAAGGUUAACGCCUGGAAGAUAUCGGCUAAACAAUCCGGCAGCCCAAAGGCAGGAACUUCUCCAUUGGACAAACGUGUUUUACAUCCCAAGGCACAGCAGCAGCAACAAAACAAGCAGACUGCCAACCAAAACAACAAUAACGCACAGAACACCGCCAGCAACAAAAAGACACAACAGCAACCGCAACAGGGAGCAACAACAGCUACACAGACAACAACAGCAGCAAGCACAGCAGCUACAACAUCAUCCGCGGCAGCAACAACAGCAGCAGCACCUCCACCAGCAGCUCCAAUAACUGAAACAGCAACCACAACAACAACUGUUGAUGCCAGUCAGGCUGAUGCGCUUGCCAAAGUCGUGGUAAAGGACAAAAAGAAGGUCAAUCAUAAGGCCAGCGACUUCAGCAACGUUGGUGACUGGCCGACGCUAAUUGGCGGAAUUUCUGGAAGUGGCAAAGCCACCAGCAACGAACCCAAGCGCAACCCAACGAAAAAACAACAGCCAGCCAAAUCAGCAGCAGCCGCAGCCAGCAGCAAUACCACUUCAAGUGAAGUUGCCACAGAGUCUAACGUCGCACCCACCACAAGCAGCAGCACCAGCAAUCCAAGCAGCAGCAACGCUAGUAGCAAUAGCAACAGCCAAGCCACAACUGCGCCUGUUGCCAGCACGAGUCAUGAUGCCAAAGCCCAGCGAGACGCUGAGCCAGCGGCCAAUUCUGCUGCAGGAGCUUCUGGCACCGCUGCCGGGCCUGCCUUCACCAAGAAGAUACCCAAGCACAAGUGGCGUCCGCUGCCCAUCGACCUGGCUAAGUCCAGUCGUCCCAAACCGAUUGGCGGCCGGCCAAAUCGGCGGCUCAGCGAUGAUGGCGCCGACCAGCGCCGUCCGCCGCGCGUCUACCAUGACCGCCAGCCAGGGGCUGGAGGAGCGGGAGGCGAGUCGCGGUAUCCACACGGUGGCCGGCAUCCGUACGGGUCACGCUCAGCGGCUUCUACGUCCGAGCGCGUGGAUUCCUGGCGUAGCAGCAGCAGCACCACCACAGCAGCGGUCGAUGAGCAGCGCUCUGGAGCAGCGGGUGGUGCCGGGGCAACAGCAGCUGGGUCAACAGCGCGCGGGCCGCGUCGCUACCGGACGCCGUACCGGGGCGGGCGGCAAGGCCGGGGCGGAUUCUCCCGACAGGGACCAGGUCGCCCGACUCAUCGCAUACCACGCCAUCUGCUAGCUUCGGGCGAGUAUGCCAACUAUCUGCCAGCGGACGCCGCUGGCGCCGACUCGCAGUCAUAUGUGCUCAUGGGCACCCAUUACUUUGGCAAUGUGCCCGCCGCCUACAUCGAAAUGGACGCCAACAGCGUCAAGGAGGCAAUCAAGAAGCAAGUUGAAUACUAUUUCAGCGCCGACAAUCUUACCGGCGACUUCUUUUUGCGCCGCAAAAUGGACCCCGAGGGCUAUAUCCCAGUUACCCUGAUUGCCUCGUUCCAUCGCGUUCUCGCAUUGACCACCGACGUUUCUGUGAUAGUGAACGCCAUCAAGGAAUCGGAUAAACUGGAGCUCGUCGAGGGCUACAGGGUGCGUACCAAGACGACACCGACCACAUGGCCCAUUACCGAUGUGGCAGAGCCUCAGGAAGGGGAACUUAAGGUUGUUGGCCAGCUGGAGCAGGAACAGUUAGAGAAACAGGAGGGGCAUGAGAAACUGGAGGAGCAGACUGAGGUCGGUUCGCCGCCGCCCAUUCUAACAUCGGCGAUGGCCGCUAAGCCGCUGAGCAGCAUUCCGCCGCCGCCGGUGCCACGGAACUCCCAAAAUUUGGUGCCCAAGAUGUUGCAGGAUAAGCAGCAGCAGAGAUCUUCAACCAUUGCGGCUCUCAACUCUGUGAAUGCGAUCAGUGCGCUGACCCAGCAAGUGGAGGGCGGUGCCGCUGAGCUGGCUGGACAUUUAAGUGGACUGGCAGAGAGUGUGAAGCCCAAGUCAAGUUCGACGCCGGACAAGAGAUCUGCUGCUGCAGCGGGCAAGGGAGCUGGGGCAGCUGCUUUGGUGGCGGAGCCGGAGGGCUUGUGGAAAGAGGUAAAGAGACGCUCCAAAACAAAUGCUAUCAAAGAAAACGCUACUACACCACCACAACAACAACAGCCACCGCUUUCACAAACGCUCAACAACAACAAUAACGACAAUGUCAAAACGAACAACACCUCGUCCACGUCCAAGUCCACGUCCAACAACGCCCCAUCCAACGCCUCAUCAUCAGCCACUGUGUGUGUAACCACCAACAAAGCUUCCUCAGCCACCAAUGCAACCACCACCACUUCCACCGCUACAUCCACAACGAACAACAACAACAUUAAAUCUGGCAAUGCUGCUUACUCCAAAACCCACUCCAAAUCCUCAUCCAAAACAGCUGCUCCGCCAUCCGCUCAGUGCCAUGCCGAAAAGGAAGAACUAGACUUCCAGUUUGACGAGGAGCUAAUGGACCCCCUACCCCCUGGAACCGGACGCAUCAACAACUUUACCGAAAACUUCUCCGACGACGACGAGUCCGACUACGAGUUUGCCGAUCGUGACAUUAAUAAGCUGCUGAUUGUCGCCCAAGUGGGUCGGGCUCCGAAACACGAGGGAUACGAUCGCACCGCUGACUUUACAUCGCGCACGAAAAUCACCCAGGAUUUGGAGAACAUCAUCAACGAUGGUCUGGUUAACUACGAGGAAGAUCUGUGGACAACCACUAAUGUGGUGACUGACUACAAGACUGUCAAUGUGAUUUCCCAGGCGGACUUUGAAAAGCUGGCCGUUGGUCGAAACAAAUCUGUGGUGCCACAACAGGUUGUGCCACCACCACCGCCAUUUGAAGAGGAUCUUGAUGAAACCCUUGUGGGUGACACUACUCUCAAUUCCACGCUGAACAACACUCUCAAAUCUCGACGUGCCCGCUUCUAUGCUGCUCCUAACUCGCACUCCAUUGAUCCACGAACGCCAAGGAAGAGGAAACUCCGUCACACCGCCAAUCCUCCAGUGGAGGCUCACGUCGGUUGGCUGCUCGACACCGUGGAGCACCGACCACGCACCACUUCGAUGGGAUCCUCGGCGGGCACUUCGCCCACCGCCUCAUCGUACGGAUCGUUUGGAUCAUCGGUGCCACAGUCGCUGCCCAUAUUCCAGCAUCCAUCGCAUGCGCUGCUCAAGGAGAACAACUUUACUCAACAGGUCUACCACAAGUACCAUUCGCGCUGCCUCAAGGAGCGUCGCCGUUUGGGAUACGGUCAGUCGCAGGAGAUGAACACCUUGUACCGCUUCUGGUCGUUCUUCCUGCGCGAGAACUUCAACAAGAGCAUGUACAACGAGUUCCGUUCGCUGGCCUUGGAGGAUGCCGGCAAUGGCUUCCGCUACGGUCUAGAGUGCCUUUUCCGGUUCUUCUCAUACGGCUUGGAGAAGAAGUUCAGACCCAAUGUCUAUCAGGAUUUCCAGGACGAGACAGUUGCCGAUUAUGAAACAGGUCAACUGUACGGCCUCGAGAAGUUCUGGGCCUUCCUGAAGUACUACAAAAACGGCGAAAAGUUGGAGGUGCAGCCUAAGCUGGCCGAGUACCUGAAGAGCUUCAAGAACAUUGAAGACUUCCGCGUGGUGGAGCCGGAGAUCAAUGAGAUGCUGCAAGGAGUGGGCAGCUUAAAUCCAGGACGCCAGCUCAACCGGCACCGCAGUGUGUCCGAGAGCGAGGGCACGGCUGUGAUUACGGCUGGAGGUCGUCGCCUAAACACUACCAUCACAAAUCGCAGCGACUAUGUCGGUAGGUUGUUGCAGCAACAGCAGCAACAACAACAGCAGCAGCAACACCACCAGUAUCAGCAGGGAUACGGCGGUUACAAUCAGAACCGCAGACGCACAGGCUCCUUUGGCAGCAGCACAGUGCGCAUUCGUAGCGGAUCCCUGGGCAACAAGCCGCAGGUGGCAAAUCGCAAUCAGGGAUCACAGCACGAGUUACGUCGUGGCGGUAGCAAUUCAGGCCUGGCGCCACACAAGAGACAGCAGCAGCAACAAAAGCCGAAGCCUGCGGCAGGAUCACAGACAAAUUCAACACGUGCCACUACAUCAGCGGCAGCAGCAGCAACAUCAUCCGCAGCGGUAACAGCAGCAGCAACGCAAGCGGUAACGGUAUCGGGCUCGUCAUCGACGCAGAAGUAGUAACACGAUAAUGCAGAUACACUUUUUGGAUUAGUUUUAAGUUAAUUUCUACGACUUAGUUUUGAGGGGGCGCUCGCUUUGACUGCUCCACAUCCUUUUGUUUAUUCAUUCUUAUUAUUCUUUUGUAGUAUUUGAGUCAAGCGUAAUGUGGGAACAGUCGUUAGCGUUUAGCAUAAUUAAGUGAAGUUUUUGAAAUUUGUUUAUUGCAAUUUGCGUAGCGCGCGUUGGUUUAGUAGUUACGAUUCUAAUUGUUUGUUUCUCGCAUACCCUCGACAAAGAACUAAAAAUGGUUGCUUACGAAAUGCUCAAUGCUCACAUAAAACACACUCACAGACACACACACUAACUACAACACACAGCGGGGUCUGUCUGCUAUGUACCAGUGCCAACCAGCCAUGAUCUUGGAAAAAUAACGAAACUAUUGCCCUUAUUUUUUUUGUUCUGUUGAUUAUCUCCUUAUUUUUUUUUAAAUGCGAAACAAAAAUCAAGGCAUAUUUUCCUACUUAGAGCAGCGUUAGUAGUUGACGUAAUGCCAUGAACUGUUGUACUAUACGAUUAAAGUUAAUAACCAUAACGAUAACGAUAUAACCUAUCCAAAUAUUACCUAACGAAAACUGAAAACAAAUCAAACGAAAUUGAUACACAACAAACCAAAUGAUCUUAAUGCAAAUAAAUUUUGUAAAUUACAAAGGAAUAUACAUAUAUAUAUAUAACCUUAUAUGCAAAGGUACAGUGAA